UAAACCUGGAAGUAAUCAAGCCAUGGAUAACAAAGAGAGUAACAGAAAUCCUUGGAUUUGAAGAUGAUGUAGUAAUUGAAUUUAUAUUCAAUCAAUUGGAAGUGAAGGCCUGAACCAAAAUGGAAGUUAUUCCUUGCGUCUGAAGUAUAGCACCAUCACCUUAUUAGGUCACAGCAGAGUGAGUGUCCAAUGUCGCUCUGACCAACUCCCUUGAUGAUGCAGUGUGUGUUUGGAGGUGAGUUGUGUAAAGUGGCCGAACCAAAGACAGACAAAGCAUCCAACAGAAAGAAAUUGGGCAAAGCUUUACACUGCUCUUGAAAUUGUUUUGAAUUAAAUCACUUUAAAUAUAAAGAAUGAAGUGCAGUUCUAAAUUGGUAAGAGGCGUUCAGUGGAGACCUACUCUGUUUAGAACUAUGUCUUUGUUCAGCUGGGAUGGUGGGCUUAUUAUAUAAUUGUAAAACUACACUUCAGUUUAAUUUAGAAAGAAAGUUUAAAGGUUCAAGCCGUUUCUCACUGAAAUCAGUGGCAAGGCACCCCUCUGAUAUCAGCGGAGCUGGACUGCACCACUGGAAUACAGCUAAUCGAUAACCAGACAUACUGUAUAGCAUGAACUGCGUAAAUGAAUUUGCGUUCAUGAUAAACACAGUCUUUUAUUUUACACAGUCUGCCACUGCAUUCCAAGAGAUAGUAAAGUGUUUCUCUGAACCAUUGGCAAAAUGUUCUUGUUCUAAUAUUCUUUAUGCUCAAUCUUUCUUCCAAAGAAUUCAUCUUUGUGAUUUGACUGAACAGUUGAAAUUUCAACUGAGAAAGGUAUUGCCGUUUUUUAAAAAAAAGCCAUGCUGUAAUUUUGAAUGUAGGUUUUUAUUUUUUUAAGUAUCCCUAUUUGGAAUCCUUAAUGUACUUUCAUAGAAAUUCAGUUGGGGAAGCAGGUUUAGGGGAAUCAGAUGAAGUAUGAGAUUAUGGUAGGAAGUAGCUUACUAAUAUGUAUUAAUAUAAUAAAAAACCUAAGUGUGCAGUUUUAAUUCCCCUUCAUAGAAAGCAUGAUUUGAACUUUAGAACUUUUAAAAAACAUUUUUUUCCUUUCUGUGGUUGUGUACUCAUUAUUGCUUGUUCGUCUUUUGCAAUUUAGAUAAAUGGUAUAACAUUAAACUCAAGGUGGUUGAGUUGCAGUAGGGAGUCGGAAGCAAGCCAAGGGAACAUCUUUCUCUACAGGGGACUUGGCGAUUCCAAACCCCCCCCAAAGUUCCAAGAAGAAAAAGAAGACACCUGGAAUCUGUACUUGCUUUGUGCUGUUGAGCUGUGCUUGUUACAUGGACCUUGUUGCUUUGACCAACAACUUUAGAACUAAAUUGCCCACCUGUACCGUGAACCACAUUUGACCUCUUAAUCCUUUGUGGGCAUAACAUAAUUGUCAUUAAGAAAACGAUGGCAGCUUUCAUUCCAUAAACUAGUUAGUGGAGGCUUAGUUUAGUUUACUGACGGAAGUAAGAAAAUGCAUGCGUAAAUUCUUUUUCAGUUUUCUUAGCAGGAUUUCAGUUAUAUUGUAGAUGAUGAUUCUGUAAUGUUAAGUGUACAGCUUCUGUCCAUUGUACGGAUAACUUAAAAAGAUUUUUCAAGCAGCAGUACCAAAGAAUGCUGGGGGAAAAUGUUUAGAAAGUUAAUUAGAAGAAACGUACACCAUCUGUUAUGAUGCUGCUAUGGCAAAUUCAUGGCCCUCUGUUUCAGUGGCUGUACAGAUCAAACAUUCUUAUGAAAUCCACAAAGGAUUAACAGGCCACUCUGAAUGUAAUGGUAAGGCAAGAGAAUAUUGGUUAUUUAUUAGGACUGUGUUACUGAACAACCUUUAAGCAAAGUUUUGUGUUUUUAAAAAAAAACUAAGAACAUGAGUAUAAUAUGCCCUAGUCGAUGGUAGAAGAUUAAGUCAAAAUAAAAAAUAACUUGUCUGGGUUUGGUUUUUCAAAUAACCUGUAUUUCUUCCUGUCAUAUCUCUUUACAGAAUCCUGAUUCCAAAAUGAUGCAAAUCAACUUGACUGGAUUUUUGAAUGGGAAAAAUGCAAGAGAAUUCAUGGGAGAACUAUGGCCGCUGUUGUUAAGUGCACAGGAAAACAUUGCUGGUAUUCCAUCUGCUUUUCUGGAGCUAAAGAAAGAAGAAAUAAAACAGAGACAGAUUGAACAGGAAAAAUUGGCUUCAAUGAAGAAACAAGAUGAAGACAAGGAUAAGCGAGACAAGGAAGAUAAAGAGAACAGGGAAAAGCGGGACCGCUCUCGGAGCCCUAGAAGGCGCAAAUCAAGAUCUCCUUCCCCUAGAAGACGCUCAUCUCCUGUUAGAAAAGAGAGAAAACAUAGCCAUUCUCGAUCACCCCACCAUGCAGCCAAAAGUCGCAGUGUUACUCCUGCACCAGAAAAGAAGGAAGAGACUCCUGAACCAGAACCUUCAGUCAAAGUAAAAGAAACAUUGAUCCAGGAGGCCACAUCUACCAGUGAUAUCUUGAAAGUCCCUAAAAUUGAGCCCUUGCCGGAUACUAAGGAAAUAUCUCCAGAAAGAGUUCCAAAAAAAGAAAGGGAGAGGGAAAAAGAAAAGGAGAAGGCUCGUCCAAGAUCUCCAUCUCGAUCUAGGUCAAGAUCAAAAUCUCGAUCACGUUCCCCAUCUCAUUCAAGACCAAGAAGACGUCAUAGAUCACGAUCCAGGUCUUAUUCACCAAGGAGGCGGCCUAGCCCAAGAAGGCGCCCAUCUCCUCGGAGAAGAACUCCACCGAGACGUAUUCCACCUCCACCGAGGCAUAGAAGGAGCAGAUCUCCUGUGAGACGAAGGAGGAGAUCGUCGGCAUCAUUAUCAGGAAGUAGUUCAUCCUCAUCGUCUUCACGUUCUCGAUCUCCACCAAAGAAGCCACCUAAGAGAGUUGUUUCUAGCCCUCCUCGGAAAACACGCAGGCUUUCUCCUUCCGCGAGUCCUCCGAGGCGAAGACACCGACCCUCCCCACCUCUCAGUCCUCCCCCGAAACCACGCAGGUCUCCGACACCACAGCAGUCUAAUCGUACAAGAAAAGCCCGAAGCUCUGUUUCUCCCAAUAGGACUUCGGCACCUAAACAUAAAAGUAUUGAAAAGAGGGAAUCUCCCUCGCCUGCACCAAAAACAAGAAAAGUAGAAUUGUCAGAAUCGGAAGAAGAUAAAGGUGGUAAAAUGGCAGCUGCAGAUUCCGUGCAGCAAAGACGACAGUACAGAAGGCAGAACCAGCAGUCUUCAUCUGAUUCUGGCUCAUCAUCAUCUUCUGAAGAGGAACGGCCAAAAAAGUCAAAUGUGAAGAACGGUGAAGUGGGUAGACGACGGCGGCACUCACAUUCCCGCAGCCCAUCUCCGUCUCCACGGAAGUGGCAGAAAGAAUCUUCUCCUCGGAUGCAGAUGGGAAAGAGGUGGCAGUCACCAAUUGUUAAAAGCAGGAGGAGGCGAAGUCCCUCGCCACCACCAGCCAGAAGACGGCGCUCUCCUUCUCCUGCCCCCCCUCCAAGGCGUCGCAGGUCACCAUCACCCCCACGACGAAGGUCUCCUUCACCACCCCCUCGCCGGCAUUCUCCCACACCUAGAAGAUACUCUCCUCCCAUACAGAGGAGAUACUCUCCUUCCCCUCCUCCAAAGAGGCGAACGGCAUCUCCCCCUCCCAAAAGAAGGGCUUCUCCUUCUCCGCAGCCUAAGCUCAGAGUCUCUCGGUCUCCACCACCAAAACAAAGAAGCUCUCCGCCUGCAAAGAGACGUUCGCCAUCUGCAUCUUCCAAGCACAGGAAAAGCUCCCCCCCCAGCAGGUCCACCCGUGAAACCCGCUCCCCACUGCAGAACAAACGGCAUUCACCAUCCCCACAGCCUAGGCCUUCACGGACCUCUACAAGCCCCCCAUUGCUGCGCAGGGGCCCUUCUUCAUCACCUCAGCGAAGGCAGUCACCAUCUCCCAGCUCCAGGCCCAUCAGGAGAGUCUCGAGGACUCCAGAGCCCAAGAAGUCAAAGAAGGCUUCCCCACCAAGUCCCCAUUCUGUGAGAAGGGGAUCUUCAUCUAGGUCAGCUUCAGCGUCCCCUGAACCACCACCCAAGAAACAUCCGGCACCUCCAUCUCCUGCUCGAUCCGCAUCACCUUCUGCUCAUUGGUCACCAGUAGCCCCUGCAAAGAAGGCCAAAAGUCCGACGCCAAGCCCGUCACCAGUACGAAAUUCUGAUCAGGAAGGAGGUGGUAAAAAGAAGAAGAAAAAGAAGGAUAAGAAGCAUAAAAAGGAUAAGAAGCACAAGAAGCACAAAAAGCAUAAGAAAGAAAAGGCUGCUGUAGCUGCUGCAGCAGCUGUUUUUACAACAUCUGCAGAGGAAGAUCAAGAAAAAAAUGUAGAACCCAAAAAGGAGACUGAGAGUGAAACAGAAGAUAACCUGGAUGACUUGGAAAAGCACCUGCGCGAGAAGGCUCUGCGUUCGAUGAGGAAGGCGCAGGCAUCUCCACCAUCUUAGAACGAAGCAGCAUUUGAUUUCAUGUAAAUUUUAUUUGGUUUAUACUCAGAUUUCAAUUUCAAAUUGCUAAAAUGUGUUUGAGCUUUAGACUUUAACAUUGGUUGUAAUAAUUGCUAGGUUAAAGUUCACCAUGUUUAUUAAAAAAAAGGGCAUGGAUCUUCAUUACAAAAAAGCAUUCACAGUGUACUAGUUGACAGUUGACAUGAUUUCACUAGAAUUUUCUUAUGCAGCAAGGAUUUCUUUCCCCCUACCCUAUCCCUGUUCCUGUUCAAUGGUUUUAAAACAGGCCUGGCAAACUCCACAGUUCCUCUAAAAUGUCAUAGUACAAAUGCUUACGUUUCUAUUGUAAAUUCUUGCUCCAGAUCUUUUGUGGUUUGUAGGCAUUGGGAAGCCACUGUUGUCAAAGAACUAUAUAGGAACACUUGCCAAACACCCAGGUUUCUCAGUGUUUCCUAUUAAAUUUAUGUUUAAAAUUGGCAUAACAUUUGUGGAUGGUACCUACUUUAUAAGCUUGCUUGACAGAAGGCAGUGGGUUCAUUAUAGUAUGAUAGACUUAUUUGGAACACUGGAUUUUUAAUUUGUACCUUUUUUUCCCCCCUCUCCUAUCCUCUUCACCUUCCCUUUUUAAAAAAUACAGUUCCUGUGAUCAGCAGUCUCAGCCAAAUUUGGCAUAAAUUUUUGUUUUGUGGAAUGUUGUUGCCCCAUUCAUAGUUUUCUUUUGUCUUGUUGAAGUCCUUUGGAAUAGUAUGUAACUUUCAGAGUUGUGGUUUCUGAAAACCUGAAGGACCUGAACUUUGGAUAUUGUCAUGUUCAUAUUGGGGGUUUUGUUUUGUUUCUGUUUUUUUAAACUAAAGCUAUUAUAAAGCUUGUGUAUUAAACAAAAUAAAUUUCUAAAUUUAAAGGAUUUCAGCAAUUUUUGUAUAUCUCCCCCCCUUCCCAUUUUCAAGAAAAUAACAUUAAUUUUGUAGAGUGUUUAAGGGAUCCAGUCCUGGUAAUUGAAGUAAAAAAAUUUGCAUGAAAGUGACUGAAAGGAAAGCCAGAAGCUAAACAGAUCAUGAGAUCUCUUCUUAGAGGAGCUUUUGAAGGUGGUGCCCUUCAUCCAGAGCUCUUUGUACGCUCUGCACAUUGAGAGUUUCUGUAGGACCAGGCAUUUCCAAGAGAUGGCACUUCCCAUACUUAUUCCCUUUUCUCCCUUUCUAGCCCACUGUAAAGAACAAGGACACAGUUGCAUGUGGGGAACUUCCAACACUAACAAAGGCAUCUAGUACAGGUUUCUCUACACAACACGGCAGAAACUGACUGACCUCUGAAUUUCAUAGGCAAGAAAGAGUUAUUGGAGAAAGUUCUAAAUCUCCUGUCUUCCUGACUCUCAUCCUCCUCUUGUUAAACCUGAUUUUUGCAUAAAUAUAAAAAGGUAGUGGAUGUAUGAGAUGACUCCUUUAACGUAAGAAGAAAAUGGUCCCAGGAGUGGCUUUCUUAUCUCAUUUAUGUAUAUACUCUACAAUCAUACGCCAGUCCCUUCCGCACAUCUUCCAGUUAUCUGGUUGUGCCCAAAGAUGACUGUAUUUGGUUAUGUCAAGCCAGAAUCAUUCAGUUUUUGGACUUCAUUAUCUGCGUGCUGCUGGAUCACUUCCACUUGUCCUCUCUAAAUGAAAGUGGCUAAACAACUUGGGCUUCUUUCACAAACCCAAAACAUAAGCCUUAUUUGCUCUAAUGGAUGGCUUGUUCAGAGAGAGAAGCCAGUGUUGCUGAUUUUGACCACUAAAUAAGCCAUCUCCCCCCCCCCCCAAAGUCCAUUAAAAUGCAACUUUUAUGUUGGGUUGGUUAGCAUUCAAGAAAAACCUCAGGGCAAGGUAGCAAGAGAAAAAUCUUUCACUUGGAAGGGUAUCCCCAACCCAGAAGACAAAGGGAGUGCUUGCUUUCAAAAUUAAAACUCUAACCCUAAAACUAAAUAAUAAUUAAAAUCUAAAGAAAAUACUGGCAGGACUAAAACUCAAAUACUUGCAUAUGGUCAAUGAAAAAGCAUAAAUCUUUUUGGCAGUAUCUACACAGAAAUAGGAUCCACUGCCCAGAGUUGCUGGGAGUUGGGUGGCGUAUACAUUUAAUUAAUACAUUUAUAUUUAAUAAAUUUCCUGUCCAUCUAUUUUAUUUCAGUCAGCAACCUAUGACAACCUGGGGAUAUCUCAUUUUAGAGCAAAACAGUGACAUCCAGCGAGAUGGAGUUGAAGUGGUCAGAUAAAAAAAUUGCAUACAAAAGUGAUCAGGAUGCUCUGAAUAUUUUACUGUGGAAGGAUAAAUGAAAGGAAAGGGGCUCUAAGAUCUCUGUAAAAUCUGCAAUAAGUAAACGAGCAAUGUAUUCUAUAAUACCUAUGCCACGUGGGCAUAACUGGGCAGUAUAUGGUAUUAUAUCUGUCUUGUAAAACCGGUGAUGGCAAGAUAUUGAAUCAAGUUAAUGUUAGAGCCCUUCUCAGUUUGCAACCUAUGGUAUAAUUUAAAUAUCUUGCAUGUCUAAAGGGGAGAUUGGCUACUUAGAAAUACACCACGGGGCAGGUGGGACUGAUGUAGUUGUCUUUUCAUGCCCAGGACUCGUCAAUACACCCUUGGCCUGCUUCAGAGACAAGGUUCCCUAAGAAUUUUUGCUCACUUAGCAAGUAACAGUAAACCAGUGAUUAUUGAUAAGUACUGUAUAACAUAAGAUAAGCUUUCUUUCUUGCUAUCUUUCUCUCCCUUUCUCUUUCUCUUUCUUGCUUUCUUUCUUUCAUUUUUUCUUUAAGUUUAAAGAUUGUUUUAUUAAUUACG